GGGGGAAGCGGGGCAGUGGCCGGGCCGGGUGCGGGCGGACGGAGCAGCCGGCGAUCUCUCCCGCGGUGGCGGCUGCUGCUCGGCUCGGCUCGGCUCGCGGGGCGCGCUCGGACCCUUCCUCUCCGGCGGGCUCGGGGGCGCGUGCACCGCCGGCGUCCUGGGACCUCGAACUCCGGGGCCCUGACUGGACAGGCCGCGCGUCUCCCACCCCUGCCCCGCGUGGGAGUCCGCCGAGACCGGGCCGCCGCCGCGCACGGCUGCCCCUCAGGCUCGGAAGAACAGCCAAGCGGGGAUGCUUUUUUAAGGAAUGACUGAAGACAAAGUUUUUUUAUUUUUGUUCUUAAUGGCUUUACAGAAUUUUAAACCGAAUACAAUUUGACAUGACGGCAAAAAAUGUUGGUUUGAGUUCCACAAAUGCAGAAUUAAGAGGAUUUACAGAUCAGAACCUCAGUCCGACAAAAGGUAACAUUUCAUUGGUUGCUUUUCCAGUUUCCAGCACCAACUCACCAACAAAGAUUUUACCAAAAACCCUAGGACCAAUAAAUGUGAAUGUUGGACCCCAAAUGAUUAUAAGCACACCUCAGAGACUGACCAGUUCAGGAAGUGUUCUGAUUGGGAGUCCAUACACCCCAGCACCAGCAAUGGUCACUCAGACACACAUAGCGGAAGCUACUGGCUGGGCCCCAGGUGAUAGAAAACGGGCUAGAGAAUUUAUAGACUCUGAUUUUUCAGAAAGUAAACGAAGCAAAAAAGGAGAUAAAAAUGGAAAAGGCUUGAGACAUUUUUCAAUGAAAGUGUGUGAGAAAGUUCAGCGGAAAGGCACAACGUCAUAUAAUGAAGUAGCUGAUGAGCUGGUAUCAGAGUUCACCAAUUCAAAUAACCAUUUGGCGGCUGAUUCGCAGGCUUAUGACCAGAAGAACAUUAGGCGAAGAGUUUAUGAUGCUUUAAAUGUGCUAAUGGCAAUGAACAUAAUAUCAAAAGAAAAAAAAGAAAUCAAGUGGAUUGGCCUGCCUACGAAUUCUGCUCAGGAGUGUCAAAACCUGGAGAACAUUCUUGGUAUAUCAGAAUUGGGACCUGAAAAUGAGCCGUGCUUUAUACCCUACCCAUCUUCACGUUAUUUUGUGACCUGUGUUUUAAAGAUAGAGAAGCAGAGGCGGAUAGAACGGAUAAAGCAGAAGCGGGCCCAGCUGCAAGAGCUUCUCCUGCAGCAAAUCGCUUUCAAAAACUUGGUACAGAGAAAUCGGCAAAAUGAACAGCAGAACCAGGGCCCGCCAGCUCUGAACUCCACCAUUCAGCUGCCGUUUAUCAUCAUCAACACGAGCAGGAAAACGGUCAUAGACUGCAGCAUCUCUAGUGACAAGUUUGAAUAUCUUUUCAAUUUUGACAACACCUUUGAGAUCCACGAUGACAUUGAAGUACUGAAGCGGAUGGGAAUGUCCUUUGGUCUGGAGUCAGGCAAAUGUUCUCUGGAGGAUCUGAAACGUGCUAAGUCACUGGUGCCAAAGGCGUUAGAAGGUUAUAUCACAGAUAUCUCCACGGGACCGUCAUGGUUAAAUCAGGGACUGCUUUUGAACUCUACCCAGUCAGCUUCCAGUUUAGACCUGACCACUGGUGCCACCUUGUCCCAGUCCAGCGUGAACCCGGGCUUCUGCUUGGAUGCUGAAGUGGCCUUAGCAACGGGGCAGCUCCUCGCCCCGAACAGUCACCAGUCCAGCAGUGCGGCCUCCCACGGCUCCGAGUCCCGCGGGGAGACGCCCUGCUCGCUCAACGAGGACGACGAGGAGGACGAGGAGGACUCCUCCUCCUCCCCAGAAUAAAGACAGGGCGACCCACACUCUCCUACCGAUGCUCAUGUGUGUUCUUAGUGUGAGCUCUUGUUUUUGAAACGAUUGCUUCAGCCCUUGCUUCUGUUCGCACUGUGUGUCCGGUGGGAACUAGGGAAACAACCCGCGGAUCACACGCAGGCUGACACGCGUGAGGUGAACGUUGCCGGGUGCGGACGAGAACGACGGUAGGGUAGUAGGUCAGCCCUCAGCGCGAGCUUUCUGAGGGGCCAGGGGGACUGUCCUGGGAGAGCCGGGCCGCAUGACCAAAGCUCAUUUCCCUCCCGCAGGUGGGAUCUGCCCCCCCCCAUACUCCCCCUUAGGACCAGGAUUGCUCAGUGGCCAGAUCUCCUGCAUCUCUCCAUGGGAGGCACGGACAGGGGGCCGCACUGCUGAGCCAGCUGAAAGCCUAGUUGAGGUGCUUCACGCACCAGCUGCCUUAGACAGCUUCUAGAAAGGAGCGCGCUAACUCUUACGUCCCUAAGUGACAUUUAGAGUAAUUUAUAGGGAAGUGGAAGUGAUCACUCUUAGCCAAUGCAUUUGGUGCCUAGAACCUUUAGGGCUACUUCUGGGGGCCACGGUAGAAUAGCCUUCCCAUGCAUCACACUCCGCCAGCACUGCCUCCGCCAGCACUCUCAUCGCCGCCUCACAGGGAAGAGUGGCAUUUUAAUCAGUGGCCACGCCUUCCCCCCCAGCGCUUUCAUUGGAAACUGAGGAGCACAGCCCUCCGGCCAGGCGGCUUGCUCACCGUUCCCUGCAGCAGUCCUGUGAGUUCCCCCGUGUGCGUCUGUGGAAAUGAACCAAGUGUCAUUUCCCGAACACGAAAGCACCGUUUUCCUGUCCACGUCACCUUUUCUACAUUUUCGUUCAUCAGAAUGGCCUUACCGAGUUCUUCCUGGGUAAACCGUUUUCACACUCACCGGAUGCCGCCUUCUGAGAAGUGGCGAGCGCUGAGUGGCUGGGUUCUGGCCGGGCGGUAGCUGUGUUUUGUAGCCAGAGAUGCCGCAGGACCGCUGUGCUGGCGCAUCCAGCCCUGCUCCUCCGAACAGGAGCGCGAGACCCCAGCCUGGCCUGGAAAAGAGCAAACAACGAGAGAAAAUUCACUCCACAGCUUUGCCCUGGCCGUUCGGAUUUGCCCCUGGAUUAUGCAUCGAGCACCUCUGGGCUCCGCCCAGGCCAGACCUUUUCUCACCCCUGAGGGGCAGGCUGAGUGCAGGUGCCUCCUGCUGCCUCCCACAGCGCUGCCCUGUGCUCACUGAGCAGGUGGAGACCUGGCCGGCCUGGAGCUGGUUAGGCCAUAGAAGCGAACACACAAAAACAUACAACUCGAACUUAAGUUUCUCUCAGACAAACCUCAUUCUGUCAGAAAUAAGCUGGAGUGCAUACGCAGAGUGCAGAGAUAGAGGCAGUGUUAGAGAAUUCAGCCUCAGCCCAAGUUCCAGGCACGUCUCAGCUGGGCAGAGUGGGGAGGUGCCCGGAGCAGCCAGGUCCCCACGGCCUCCAGAAAGCACUGACCAGGAGGCGCCUGAUUUCACCAGGCUCCCUCCCCGUGGUCCCUAAAGAGGACACCGCCUCCUCCAGCAGCCCCUCCCUUUCUCCUCUCUGUGUGGGAGGGGCCCCGCUGGGACCUGGAGAGACCCAGGGCCACAGCUAGCUUUUCAGUCCUCAGAGUACUGACCUGUACGUCUGCAUUCAUGGCAGCCCAUCAGCCGUAGUCUGGUCUCUACUAAAUAGCAAAAUCCUCUCUCUCCUGCUGCUACAGUGCUUCAAAUGGAUAAAAUAUGGGUUUAAAAGCAAAAGCAACCAAAGACUCACUACGCUUGGUGCCCCAUCCUUGGCCGUCCAGCCGUAGGUGUGGCUUUUGGCCGGAAAUGGUCCCGGUCCUCGGUACCUGGGUCACUGCUGAGGACAUCUAACAGCCCUCCCGAGGGCAUCAGUACAGGCUGGUGCACAGCCCUCCCUGGCAGAAGCUAGGCCGAGAUAAAUCCUGUUUCACUCCAUAAAUACCCUAACACGUUAUCCUGGUCUAGAACUCCACGCUUAGGCACAAUGUCGAAUAGAAAUCAAAGUGGAAAAAGCCGUUAGAAAUAGUGAUUGGAACAUCAGGCGCCUUUCUGGGAGCUGCACCCGGGAGGACAGCUCUGCCAGGGGCGGCCCUCUGAUUCGGGGAGUUUAAUUGGCCUUUCCCUCGGGGGUCCAUUUACUGUUACCCUUUCAGGUGUGUAGCAUCGGUUUGCUCAUUCUUGCUCCAGGAUCACUGUGGGCUCCUGGCUGGCCUGGGACCUUAAGUUGUGGGAAGGGCAGGGCGUAAGGCCCCUGGUGCCUGCCCAGGCUCCCCUCCCCUCCCCCACUGUGCAUCCAAUCACCUUCAGGAAGACAGACGCAAACUGUGCCUUAGGAUCGCGGAGGCCUCAGUGAGCUAACGGUGACCUCUCACCUCAACAAGCCCACCAGUGGCCCCUGGAAAACUUGACAUAAUGACCAUGUGUUUCGUUUCCUUCAACUUAACUGUGGAAGCUGCGGGGUGAAACGGUGUUUUCCUCCAUUUAACAGGAUAAAAGGGUAACUCCCCUCAGCCAACUGUCCUCUGCUGAACUGGAAAUGAUGCCAGCUCAGCCCGUCCGAUCCGUCAGGGAGGCACUCGGAGGAGGGCUCAGGUCAGCCGGCAGACCGUCACAGCUCUUUGCUAAACCACAGGUCUCGGCCACUGGGGUCCUGAGGCCACCAAGCUGCUUCAAGCACAGUUGGGACAGGCGCCUGGGGCAGGCAGAACACAGCAGGCACCGGCUGUGCACGGGGCAAGGCCAGCAAAGGAAGGAACGGCCUCGGCCGCCUGCCAUAGCCACACAGCACCCUGCUGGGCUUCACCAGUAAUUCCCCUCAAGGGCCUUUCCUACCUGUUCGCUCCCCUCAGGCAUAGGAAAGCCGUGUCCCAACCCCAGCAUUCUGAGAGGUGGACAUUGAGAUGCUGCCUUAGCAGUGACUGUAAAGAUUUAACCCUUCAGUAAGCAUUUGAGCUCACUGAACAGAAAGCAUCCAGGCCGGUUAGUGCUGUGGAAAAGAAAGGGCAAUGGGACCUGGGGGAAGGCUGCUUUAGUAGGGGGUGGCCAUUGGUCCUGAGUCAGACUGCUGAGGCAGGCUUCUCCGUGCCUUCGCCCCAUGACACACCGUCCCAUAACAUGCGCCUGGAGUCCACUGAAUUCCAGCGGCCACACCGCUCCAGUUCUAAGCUUACAUUUUGUUGUUUUACUGAUUUUAGAGGCAGGAGAGGGAGAGAGCAAGAGAAACACUAAUGAGACACAAGCAUCACAUUGAUGGGCUGCCUCCUGUGUGCCCCCUACUGGGGAACAAGCCCACAACCCCCCGAGCAUAUGUUCCGACCGGGAAUCAAACCAGUGACCUCCGUUCACGGGCCUAGGCUCCCCCCUGAGCCACAUCAGCAGGCAUACGCAUCCACCCUGGAGUCUGUUAAAUAAUUGCUGGUAUAUAAAAGAAAACUCAAACUUACCUACCAGCAGUACCCAUGAACCAAGAGAAGAUCCUAACCCAUGAAGUUCUCAUUAGCUUUUACCGUCCAGCUGAAAGGUGGAAAAGUAACUGCUUUUCUGGGUGUUUCUUCUAGUUUUACAAAUUGUUGGGUACAUAAAAGCUUUUUAGAUUGGACAUAUAAAAGGUCAUCUUUUUUCUGCAUCUACACUGGCAUUGGUGGAGCCAAAGACUAUGUAAGAACCACUUUCCCAAACAGGUUCCUCACUUGCAUGUGCCCACGGCGCUGACGACCAUAUCGAAGGCCCACAGCGGGGGCCAGGGGCCUGCGCCAUGCGUGUGAGGGACCCUCAGAAAUGUGCCUGUUUCUUUAAAUUCCACUCAAAAGGAAAACAAGUCUGAUAUUUGCUUAAAAAUUUACCUUUAAAAAGUUGAGUUAAGUAUUCACACAAAUUGUAAUGUUUCUCAGGAAAUAGCCCCUUUCCACAACCUAGACAGCUCUAGAAAGGGAUGCUUAGAUCACCUUUGGGAUCCAGUUUCCCACAGACCUCUCCACGCACACAGGGCUAAGGAAGAAAAAGUGGGGGACACACACUGACCAGCACAGAAGUGUGACAGAUGUCCGUCCAGGCACGUGGUGUCGAGGCAGUGUGUUCUGUGCUGUAUUCUCUCGGGCGAGGUAGCUUGUCUCGUCCUCCCAUGGCCUUUGCUUUACGAAGGCCCAUAUGCUGCUCCAGCAGGCCGGACCGGGCCCGCCUCGCCCACAGUUGCGUUGGGAGUUGAUGUGGCUGAGACGGGACAGGACACCCCUUCACCAAGGGCCUCCGAACAGGAGAGAACCUCUCUCCGCCAGCUCAGUAAGACAUCGCUUGUCUACCACCCCUCAGGCCGUGUGCCGAGUCUGUGCCAACCAGAAUGCCUCCCUCCGGGAGGACCACAUGGCCUGGAAACCUGGCCCUCCCCGCGGUCCUCCCUCCCGGGGGCCUGGGUUAGCACCAGUCCUGUCACACCACGCACUGCACAGCCAGGAGGGGGAGAGGGCCUUUGCCCGGGAGGCUGUGGGGUCAGCUUUGGGCCUCUCGGCUCAGAAGACCCAGCUCUGGACACGUCUGGGAAGAAAUGCGUCCAUGGGCAAAGACUGGCACACACACAGCCCUGCGGGAAAGGGGCUUGAGGGGAAGUUACCCACCACCCUUCUCUGCCACAUCAGCUUGUUUCCGUUUAUCCCAACACUACAAGGAUGCACUUCCCCAGAUGGUGCUUGGGUGUCGCCACCAAUUCUUUUGUCCCCGUGUGUCAUCUUCAUGUGUCAGGCAUCAUCGGAUGGCAAAUGGCCUGGUUUUCUAGUUCAUGACCAAAGUCAGAUUUUUUUUUUCUUACUAAAGGUCUCCGAGGACCCAGACACUUUUCUGCUAAAAACAAAACAAAAACAAAAACAAAAACACCUUCUGAGCCGUUGCCUCUCUUUCUCCAUUAGUACAUGGCAGUCCCAACCCUCCAGUGUCCUGUAAAGGACCUUCCAACCAGCCACGCCCUGGCCGCUCAGGAGCCCGAGCUUGGGGCACAGUUCAAUACGGAGGUCCUCGAGCUGGUUUGUUUACCACCGUCACAUUUGACUUGCAGGUGAAAAAGAAAAAGGCUGUGAGCCCCAAUCACCCACUUGUUCACCUUUCAUUUGGAGAUACUGUACUCUGAUCAUGUGCUCCAGAAAAUAGAGAUCUGUGUUUUUUUAUUUUAUUUUUUUUUUCUGCAUGAAGGAAACAUCAUGGUGCCACAUGCUCUAAGCAGUUUAACAAAGCGAAACAAGGGGGACAUGCACACACCACAUCUGACUUGCCUGAUGCAGACUUUCUUAGAUUGGAGUACCUAACCUGAUAACGAUGUAUUAUUUUGUAGCAUCUCAAACUUUGUAAAUAAAUACCGUUAUUUUUAUAUGGAAAUUUUAUAGAAGAGCUAUUUCUGUAUACGUAAUUACUCCUGGAUUUUCUGAAAUUGCUUCUGGUAGAUAACAGACGAGUCCUAAGCAGUGUUCCUUAAAGAUGGUUCAAGGACCACCCGCAGGAGAAGUGACAGGGUUGGGGUGGGCGUUAAAAUGUUGCAUUCCCCGUCCCACCCCAGACACUCAAGACGCUCUGGACUGAGGCUUGGUAAGCUAUACCUUUAAUAAACUCCAAGUGAUGUUUUUGUCCAUUAAGUGUGAGUGUCUUUGUCCGUCCUGUAAGGUUAAAAGAAGGAAAAAGAAAAAGCAUCUGAAAUGAAGGUCAUUUGUUCUUGAAAGGAAAAAUAUGUAUCAGACUGUUGUAUGAUUUGAAUGAGAUGCACUAUAGAAAAAAUAAAUAUUUAAAAUAA